AUGGGGCUGGAGGAUCAACAGAUGGCGCUACAGUGGGUGCAUAACAAUAUAGCGGCAUUCGGAGGUGAUCAAAACAAGGUAACGCUCUUUGGACAGUCGACUGGAAGCGCAAGUUUUGUCAAGGCCUGUGGAUGCACUGGCAAAUCAUUGAAGGCUCAGGUUAAAUGUCUUCAAAAUACCACACUCAAACCAAAGGAUCUCCGAGAUAACGUCUGGACGGUGUACAAUGCAAGAGCGGACGCCGAAAGCGAUAUUUGGAACAGGAAAUGA